AUGUCAAGCGGCGUAGAUCAAUCACUUCAAGAAGCGCUUCGGGAGUUCCAGGACGCUCUUACCCCAGCUCAAAAGCAGCAGCUCCAAGCUAUCAAGGCUGUCCCAGAUGCCGCUGCAGUCAUCACUCUCACCGCCCAGCUCGACGAGCAGAAUGCGAAAAGGCGCUCUUGCGGUGUUGCGACUCGCUUGUAUACGCUGCUCCAGUCAGUCCAGCAGUUUUCGUCGGUGGUGUCCACCUUGGUAUCGUCGCAUCCGAGUAUCGCAGCGCUGGUAUGGGGAAGUGUGAAGCUUACCAUGCUGAUUGCAUCGAACUUCGCGUCCUACUUUGACACGCUUUCCACCCUGUUCAUGAGCUUCAACAAGCUCUGUCCACGAUUCGACGAGUACCGAAUCCUGUACCCCCAGUCCUCUAGGCUGCAAACUGCGCUUUGCGACUUUUACGCUUCCAUCAUUCGCUGCUGCAAGCAAGCUCUUCAAGUGCGUGGAAGAUUGUGGUCCGCUCAAGUUGUCAACGCGCUAUGGCGUUCUUUCCAGACUGAAUUCGAACCGUAUGAGGCUGAAAUCAAGAGAUGCAGUAAAGAGGUGAAAGAAGAAAUCAACCUUGCAAAUGCACAAGCUGCACAUCAAGACCAGCAACUCGUGCGUCUUGAGCAAGAAGCUGCUGCUAAGCACCGCAGAACUGCAGGUUUGUUUUUCCAGGGAGCCAGUAAGGAGAAUGAUGAAUCUCGAAGGUGGAGAUUACAAAGGGAUGAGCGGAAGUCCCGAAAACACCGACAGCAACUGUUGGAUUCUCUGUCGAGUUACGACCAUCUCGUAGCUUUUAAGCAAGCCCGCAAGAAACGGCAUGGUAACACCACGCAAUGGCUGACUCGAACCUCGGAGAUGGGCCGAUGGUUGAACGAUCCCGGAUGUCCCGUGUUCUGGUGCUCCGGCAAGCUUGGGUCCGGAAAGACCAUACUCACAGCGAACGUCGUCGACCAUCUCUUCCUUCGCAGGCACGGACCUGAUGUCUGCAUCAGCUUCUUCUUCUGCCGGUUCGAUGAGGCUGUUUCACUCAAGGCUGAGACGAUCCUCAGAUCUGUCAUCGGUCAGUCUUUGGAUGUUGCUAACCUUCCCAAAGACAUUGAGUCCUCCUUAGAGCGGAUCUCGCAGAAUUUAUCGUCCGGUACCAAAGAGCUACGGGCCCUCCUCGAAAGCCUGAUUGCCAUGUCGCAGGCUUACUACAUCGUCAUUGACGCAUUGGAUGAAUGCGAAAAGAACGAACGCGAUACUGUACUGGACGUCCUUCAGUCUGUUGUUGCGUCAAGUCAAUUAAAGGCAAAGGUGUUCCUAACAAGCCGUGAUGGCAUUGGUGAAGAGAUCAAGAAACGGUUUCCAUCCCUGCAGCGUGUGUCCACAAGCUCUUCCGACGCUCAGUCCGAUAUCGCAAUCUACACUAGGGAGGCCAUAGCUGAGAAGCUGAGGAACGGAGACCUUGUUGUGGGGAACGACGACCUAGUCAAGGAGAUUCAAGACGCACUCAUUCAAGGCGCGCAGGGAAUGUUCCUCUGGGUAGCCUUCGAGAUCGACGACAUCUGCGCCCAGUGCAGCGAUGAGGAGAUCCGUCAAGUACUUCGAAGUCUCCCUAAGGAUCUGACGGAGACUUUCAACCGCGCAUUGCUUCGAGUAAUUGCUAGCCAAAAAGAAAAGAUCGCCAAGCAAGUGUUCCGAUGGGCGGCAGCGGCGAAACGACCAUUGUCUCUGCAAGAGCUUCGGGAGGCGAUCGCUGUUGAGCCCUGCCAAACCUAUUCCAAGCCUGAUCGGCUCGUAAAUGGCAUGCAUCGUAUUACAUCCUGGUGUGAAAACCUGAUCGUCGUGGAUGAAGAGGACGAUGCUGUCCAGUUCGCGCACCACACCGUCAAGCAGUACCUCUUCGGACUGCCAUCGGAUCAACGACUCAGCGGCUUUCAUUUUGGAUUGUCGGAAGUUGACCACGAAGCUGGCGAGAUCUGUGUGACAUACCUCAACUUCAACGAUUUCAAGACGCAGCUGAUUCCACAACCAAAAUCUCAACUCCCUAUCACGCCUGGUGCGAUCGUAGGCGCUGCUCUAGGAUACGGGACCAAGUCCAAUGCUGCAGCAUCUUUACUCCGAUUAGUGGGAAGAAGGACUUCUCGAAAGCCGAGCAAUACCGGUGUGGUACAACGACUAGCUAAUUACGGUGGAAGUACUGCCGGCAAUGCCUCGGAAGGACUCAAUUUGGGGCAUCCGUUUCUCCACUACGCUUCAGAAAACUGGCUCCUGCACACUGCCAACUUCGCGAACGGCAAAUCAAUGACGUAUGACCUCUGGCUCGAAAUGUUGCAAAGCCAGCAGACGCUUGGGCAGCGUCCGUGGACACUCGAGCAAUUUUUAGACUGUAAUGUCUUGGUUGGAGACUGGAUCGCUGCACACCAUCAUCACGCCUUGUUGUAUCAUUUUCGAGAGCCCUGCGGCGGCAAAUAUAUGAUAGGGGAAAGAGAUUACUCGUUGAGUUGGAGCUCUCCAAAAUACAAUCUGGCGCUGUUUCGAGAGUCCGCUGCAGACCGCUUUUGGGUAUUGAGUCACGAUACGGUGCUUUACUGGGCAGCUAAAUUAAACCCUCCCAAGACGGUCGAGGUUCUACUAGCGGCAGGGACUGACGUAAAUGCUGCUAGUUUGUCUGGCGUGACUCCACUCACAGCAGCUGCCGGCUUGAACAAUCUCGAGAUUGUGGAGAGACUGUUAGCAGCAGGAGCUGAUGUGAACGCUGUUGAUUCUGAUGGCUGGACUCCACUACACGCAGCAGCUAGUGGAGGCUGUAGAGAGACUGUAGAUACGCUGUUAGCGGCAAACGCUAGUGUGAACGCUGUUGGAUCUCAUGGCUGGACUCCACUACAUCGAGCAGCUAGUGGAGGCAAUCUGGAGGCUGUAGAGAGGCUAUUAGCGGCAAACGCUAAUGUGAACGUUGUUAGUUCUGGGGGCUGGACUCCACUGCAUGCACCGGCACGCGUAGGGCAUCUACAUAUCGUGAAGAGGCUUGUGGAAGCGGGGGCUGAUAUUCAUGCUAUGACUUCCGAUGGCCAGACUCCACUACAGAUGGCUCACGAUACAGGCCGUCUAAAGGUCGAACAGUUCUUAAAAUCAGCAGCCGCUUCGAAGUUGGGGAUGGACUGA